CGUUAAAUUUGCUAUGUCAUUUCUUUCGAUUAAAGUAGAUCUAAGAUCUAGAUCUAGUAAUUUAUCUUCAUCUGUUAUUCGCUGUAAUUCAGCUUUAAAACUCUAAAACUGUUUAAUACUAAUCCAAACUAGGUACUGGUAAUAAAAAAAUGGACCAUCAUCAUGAUAAUAUCUCAGCAUCUAAAGAUGAAUCCAAAUCAGGUACCCAGGAGAUGGAUGAUAGAGCUAAUGAUGUCAGCCAAGGCUCAGCAAAGGAUUAUCAUGAUCAUACAAGUAUAAAGAAACAAAAACUUGAUAGUGAAAGUGAACAAGAAAUGGAAAAUGACUCAAGCAGCAGGAUCGUCUCUGAUGUGGACCGGAAAAAAUGUAUUCGUUUAAAAGAUUAUAGGGCACAAGGGAAGAAACCUUUCAAUGCAAUUUCUGAAUCCAAAUCAGGUACCCAGGAGAUGGAUGAUAGAGCUAAUGAUGUCAGCCAAGGCUCAGCAAAGGAUUAUCAUGAUCAUACAAGUAUAAAGAAACAAAAACUUGAUAGUGAAAGUGAACAAGAAAUGGAAAAUGACUCAAGCAGCAGGAUCGUCUCUGAUGUGGACCGGAAAAAAUGUAUUCGUUUAAAAGAUUAUAGGGCACAAGGGAAGAAACCUUUCAAUGCAAUUUCUGAAUCCAAAUCAGGUACCCAGGAGAUGGAUGAUAGAGCUAAUGAUGUCAGCCCAGGCAAUCAAGUGGAUGGACCCAACAAUGAGGAGGUGACAGAGUCUACAGGACAAAAAAGUUUGGAAACCUCUGCAUUAGAUCCUGGCAUAAAGAGUGAUGUUUCGCAAAGUGACCCAAGUACCGGUCCAAGAGAUGUAUACAGAGAACAGAUAUCUCCUAAGAGGGCACAAGGGAAGAAACCUUUCAAUGCAAUUUCUGAAGUCACAGUCCUGAGAGAGGAUAGUGAAAGCCAGAGUCAUCUGAAAACAAUCAGGCCAGGGAUCAGCUUCGCUACAGUGAAUGCCCGGACUAUGAGUAAGAUUGGGAAGACAGAGCAAAUGGCAGCUUUGAUGAGAAAGAACAACUGGGACAUCUUAGCAAUCAGUGAGACAAGAUGGCCUGGUUCCGGAUUGAUAAAACUGGAUUUGGGUGAACUAGUUUUAUACUCAGGACAUGAGGAUAAGUUUACACACAGCCAGGGAGUAGCCCUGAUGCUGUCUAAGCAGGCUCAGAGAUCAAUUAUUGAAUGGAAACUGCAUGGAUCACGGAUAAUAUUAGCUUCAUUCCGCACAGUGAAGAAGAACUUAUACUUUGUCCAAUGCUACGCCCCAACAAACAAAAAUAAAGAGACGGACGAUUUUUACAAUAGACUGACUACGAUCUUACGUGGCAUACCAAAAAAUGACUACCUCAUCUUAAUGGGCGAUUUCAAUGCUAAGGUUGGCAGUGACAACAGUGGAUAUGAAGAGGUCAUGGGAAAACAUGGAAUAGGUGAGAUGAAUGAAAAUGGAAAGAGAUUUGCAGACUUGUGUGCCACAUUCAACUUAGUGAUUGGAGGAACUGUCUUCUCACACAAACGAAUACACAAAGCAACAUGGAUAUCACCAGGCCAAUCAACAGAGAACCAAAUAGACCAUAUCUGUAUUCGGAAGAAGUGCCGUCGAUUUCUUCAGGAUGUAUGUGUAAAUCCUGGAGCAGACGUUGCUUCAGAUCAUCAUCCUCUGUGCGCCAAGCUAAAACUGACACUGAAGCAGACAAGUGGGCCCAGCCCACUCUACAAUCUGCUGAAAGGCUCAAAAAAACAGGAAGAGGACAAAGUCGCCUUAACUAAAAUUUGGCAGCUCCUAAAAGAGCUGGGAAAAGUAAAGACAGAACAGGACUGGCUGAAAGGGAAAGAAACAGUAACCUCCAUAUGCCUAAAAAUCCUGGAUCCCAAUAUAUGCCUCCCCAAGGAGUGGAUUGGAGAAGGAACUAAACAAAAGAUCGAGGAAAGAAAUGAGAAGCUAGCAAAAGUUAACAGAAGUAAAACAUUGGAAGCAAAAAGGGAAGCACAAAAAGAAUAUACUGAAAUAGAUAAGACUAUCAAUCAUAGCAUGAGAACAGACAAGCAGAACUACAUUGACACAGUAGAAGCAGCCCUUCAGAACUGUAUCAAAGACCGGGUUCCUAAACAAUGCAGUCACCUUAGGGCCUCCAAUUAGUGGGGGCAGCACAAAGGUGAAAUUUGGAUCAAUUUCGAAACUGGGAUCAAUUUUUAGAAGACCCUUGUUACUUCCUUUUGGUGAAAAUGUGUAAACUUUAUUUCAAGUCUUGAUUUCUUUGUUUAAGCUCUUGCAACCAUAUCUACUCUAGAUUGCUCUAUAUGAAUUUCAAUUAGUUAUUAGCUUAGAUUUAGAUACAUGUAUGGUUUUAAUAAAUUGCAUAAUUUUAUUA